GGGCCGAGACCCAUUAACCCGACCCAUAUUUACCAUAUCUAUUUCUUCUCUGUUCCUUCUCUGCUGAGGCAAUUUCUCUCUGUCUCAGUAAUAUACAUCUUCAAUUAAGGCUGGUUACUCUUCAAAGACGAACUGCUAUUUGUUGAUUGUAAUUUUGUACAUCUGAGGGGUUAUACAGUAGUGCAAUCUCCGUAUGGUUGCUAGCGCAAUAUUUUGCUUUAUCAUCUGAACCCUGUCUUCCUGUGUGAUAUAACCUUAACCGCCUUUCGAAGUUAAAGGGAACAAAUGCCUCUUCUAUUAUCUUCAUCACUGAUUCUUCCCACGUCUAAUAAUAACCAGAUUAAUGUUCUUGAUUCAGGAUAUCACAAGAACAUUCACUCCACCCUAAAAUAUACUUCUACACACUGCAUAUUUACUAAGACCCCGUGUCAGACUGACAAAAGCUUUAAUAUAAAUCUCAAAAACAAGCCCCUCAGAAGAUUCAGGUCUAUAGUUGUAGAAUGUACGAACUCCAGUUUCGAGUUUUUCGAUAGUAAAAGUGGGGUAACUGAAGAAUGGAGUUAUCAAGAAGAUGAAGACACUGAUGACAUAGAUUCUCCAUGGGAAGGAGCUGUUGUAUAUCAGAGAAAUGCAUCAAUCUCACAUGUAGAAUAUUGCACAACCUUAGAAAGGCUAGGUUUAGGAGAAUAUUCAACGGAAGUUUCGAAGUCUCGAGCUUCUCUGAUGGGGUUACGCGUCACAAAGGCUGUGAAGGACUAUCCUCUCGGAACACCUGUAAUGGUAUCACUUGACAUAACAAGGAAAAAGCAAAAGCUGCGGCUUGAUGGGAUCAUACGUACAGUUCUCACUCUUGGCUGCAAUAGAUGUGGCGAACCUGCAGCCGAGUGUGUGUUCUCCAACUUCUCACUUCUACUAACUGAAGAACCUGUUGAGGAGCCCGAUAUUCUAGACAUGGGUGUUAUGUUUGGAGAUUCGACUAACAAGGGAGUAGGAGAGGACCUAGACGACGACUCAAUUGAUUGGGAAGACCGACUCUUUUUCCCUCGUGAAGAAAAAACCAUCGACAUUUCAAAGCAUAUUAGAGAUAUGGUGCACCUUGAAAUUACAAUCAAUUCAGUAUGUGAUCCUACAUGCAAAGGAUUGUGUCUGGAUUGUGGUGCGAAUCUCAACCUUAAGAACUGCGGUUGUAGCAAACGAAAGGCCAAAGAGACAGCUAGUGGUCCUCUUGGAGGUCUGAAAGAGAAAAUGCAACAAAGCUGAUUAUGGUUUAUGAACAGAAUCAAUAGUGAACAUCAUCAAAAAAUUUGAGUGAAAAUGUGUAUCAUUUUAUAUGUUUAGCCUCAUAGACAGAAACUAAUGCCAUUCUACACUAUUAAGUUCAAAAUAUUUGACUUUGUAAUCAAACAAUGGAUUAAUUGGAUUAUUAAUUUAUAA